GUAGUUUGUCAUAAAUUUUAUUGCUUAUAUGCUUAAAAUGUCUAAGUGCAAGCAAUUUGCCUAUUGUAUUGUUUUAUUCCUAUACCUGAUUGGAUCAAGCAUGGCUGCUCGCACCACUCCUGAUGAUGAUGUGUUGGAAUGGGUAAAAAAAGAUAAUCGUCGUUUCCUGCAUGCUGAUAUCAGAGUUGGUGAUCUUAAUAGCACCAUUAAGUUUUACACUGAGUCUCUUGGGAUGAAGCUGCUGAGCCAAAAAGACUUCCCAGAGCAAAAAUACUCGAAAGCAAUUGUUGGGUUUGGCCCUCAGGACACUCAUUUUGUCCUGGAAUUGACAUAUAUCUAUGGAGUAGACAAAUUUGAUAUUGGGACUGGCUUUGGACAUUUUGGAAUUGCAAGUCAAGAUAUCUAUACUGUGGUUGAAAACAUUCGAGCAAAGGGUGGAGUCAUCACCCGUGAACCAGGGCCAAUUGCUGAAGGGGGUUCGACCAUCUUUGCCUUUGUGCAGGAUCCUAAUGGCUAUAGUUUUGAGCUCCUUCAAAGGCCCCCAACUCCUGAACCACUUUGUCAAAUAUUGCUUAAUGUCCUUGAUCUUGAUCGUGCUAUUGAGUUUUAUGAAAAGGCAUUAGGCAUGAACCUUCUGCUGAAGUAUGACAACCCGCAAGAACAGUUUUCUAUGGCUAUGGUGGGUUAUGGAUCAAAUUUAACUCAGACAACUGUUUUGGAACUGAGAUAUGAUUAUAAUGUAACCGAGUAUACCAAAGGAGACGGAUAUGCACAGGUUGCUAUUGGUACUGAUGAUGUGUACAAGAGUGCUGCUGCUGUUAAACUUGUUACCAAAGAACUUGGAGGACAAAUAAUCCUACCACCGGUUUCAAUUCCCACAACCAACACCAAAAUCACCUCAUUUGUUGAUCCAGAUGGCUGGAAGACGGAUUUGGUGGACAAUGAAGAUUACCUCAAACAACUGCAGAAGAAAGAGUGAUAAGGGUGUUGCUUAUGCCUUUCCAAUUGAAUGAGGAGUCCUGCCUUUGGACCUGUAUCUAGCGUGCUUAUUCAUUUGUAUGUUCAUUUUUUUUUUUUUUUUUUUUUUGUUACCUUGUUUUGUGGGUUUGUAUGUUUCCAUAUUACUUAAAACAUCAUCUAAGCAAGCUACUAUUGUAAGUUUGCCAAUGAAAAAUAAGAAAGAUGGAUUUGUAUGACUAUAGAAACAUACAAGCUAGAGUUCUAUAAACUUGAGCCUGUAGCACAAUUGCAACUUUGCGGGAAUACAAACUAUGAACAAGCUAUCCAGUAUUAAUACA